GCCCACUGGGCAGGAGGGAAGGUGUGCCCAACAUGAAACUAACUUCACCGGUGGACGAGGAGCUCAGGCGAGAGGAGGGGAACGGGUCUGAGUCCGACAGCGAUGAGUCCAGCCUCCCUUUGUUGGGAAACAGUAAAGAGGAAAACGGGAAGCCAGGAUGUCUUUACAAAAGCUCCCAGGCUCGUUUGCAGCCAUGUUCCCGGGGUUCUCUCUGCCCAUAAAAGCGGAGCGCAGUCGGAAUAAGGAGCGGCUGGAGGCCAGCCUGGCCGGCCUGUGUGAGCUGGAGCUGCUUAAACAGAGGCAGGAAUGCCGGGUGCUGAGCGCUCUCUGCCUCGGGGACUCUCCGGCUCCCCGCCGUCCGCCUUGGGGAGCUCUACGCUCGGCACGCUGCGCCCUGGACGCAUCAAACGGCGAGGCGUUGGAUGUUCACAGCCUCAGGCUCCAAACUUGCAGUCUCCAGUGUACGCCCUGGGGUAUGAAGACAUCUUUAGAACAGCAGGUGGCAGAGCUCAAAGCGAACACUAAGGUCCAAUCAACGGUUUCCCAAGAUCUAAAGGACAGCCAACUAAUUUCAGGAGAGGUUCUUGUAGCCGGGAAAAGUGGAUCCCCUGAAUCAGAUGACCGUUGUUCCCUCUCAGCACCUGAAGAGACAGGGGAGACAGAGACAGGAGAUGCAUGGCUGUCAAACCCAACAAGAUGGGCUGCGGUUACUGAUGCUUUGGGUGACAUGAGAGAUGUUGACCCCAGUCAGGAAGAAGAUCCACAAGCCCAAAAGCUUGAAACGUAUAUAUUUGGAUUAAUCCAACGUCGUGCUCUACCCACACGCUCCUCAAAGCCCCGUACCAGCCUGGCACAUGAUGCCCGAGCUGUCAAUGUGGUGAGGCGGAGUAGUUUAUGCCACAAGGAGGAGCAACGUUCUCCUAAGCAGGUGUCUGUUCAAGAUAUCUCUGCUCCAUCCCAGUCUUCAGAUGGAAGUGCUCCACAGGCUUGCCAUAACCUCGAUCAGGAGCCUUACCUGGGGUCAGGUUUUACUGAAGAUGUCCCACGCCAGUACCACCACAAUCUCCAACAAGGUAUGCAGCAUCCACCAGGGCUAUAUUGCAGGCCCAGGCAGGCUUCCAUGAUUAACACUUCCUGCUCAACAUUGCUGGACUAUCCAUCUGGCAGAGUGCUGCAAGCCCACCCAGACUCUAGCAAUAGUGAGCCUGAUUCACCCCAACAUUUCCACAACUACCCUUCACCACCAGCUAUGUCAAAACCUCAUCAACCACUUACAAUUGAUGAGCAGCUGGUCAACGCAGAGUAUAUUCCAGCCCAGCCUUGCCGAGCCUCCACCAGAGCUUAUGCCCAUCACCACUCCAACCCCCACAAGGGGACUGAGGUGCCCAAACCCAACCGAAGUACCUAUUCUCCGGAAAGAAGCCAUCAUCAAGAGCAGCAGCCCGCAACCUCUCAGAUCCAACCUUCCAGAUCCCGAGGGGGCCCAAGGAAGUGUCGCUCAAAUGAAGACAAAAAUGGUGCCGGCAGGAAACCAGGGAAGAAGGCAUGCAGGUCUCAGUCUGAGAACAGCUUGCAAAGGGUUCCAGAACGCAAGUACAAUACAGUAGAGAGGGAUGGUGGAGGAAGUGGAAGCGGUGGAAGGGGAAGCCGCAGUAGUCAGUCCAGGAGCAAGAAACAGCACCAAGGUGGAAGCUGUCGCCGCUGGCAGUCCACCCUGGAGCUCAGUCCAGACGAGGCCGACCAGCUACCUAUGCAGGUACCCGUGCAAGGCUCUUCAGCUUCAAAUCAAAGGGACAGUUGUGCAAGGCGCACACGCAAAUCUCGCCCUACACAUGCAUCAUAUGCCUAUCAACACCAGUCCCAACAUCCUCAGCACAUGGAGUACCAGUUAGACAGGGACCAAGUACCACUGCGUCAGCCUAGUGAGGACUACCCUCACCCACGACUGGGUGAGUCUGAGUCCAGCAUGAGCGAGGCUGACUCUCCAGAUUCUAGCUCUUUGUCCAGUGAUUCAGAUGAGAGUGGUGGUCUGGUUUGGCCCCAACAACUACCCCCUCAACUUUCCCUUCCAUCACCUUCUGCCCCACCUGGGGCACCUCUGCAGCCCAAGGCUUUCAUCAAAAUUAAGGCUUCACAUGCCCUUAAGAAGAAGAUCCUACGCUUUCGCACUGGUUCACUGAAAGUAAUGACCACUGUAUAAAGUGGAACACUGGCCAACCUAAAAGAACAUGAACUGCAGAGCUUUGAUAUAUCAUGGACUACAAACUCUAGAGAAUAUAAAAAUCACUUUAUAUGUUAAAGUUCUAUGAUCUUG